AUGCCAAGCGCGCGCCAGCAUGAGACAAUGGACCUCACAGUGGGUGACAAGGUCUGCGUCUUACCCGGCCGGCAUUUUCAGGACUUUGCAGCAGGAGAUUCCGGUGUGGUGUCCAUGGUCGACCGCAAGGCACAGACCUGCCAGGUCUACUUCGACCAUCGGCUGGGCUCCGAACCGCUGAAUGUGGCUUUUCGCAAUCUCAGCCGGGUGGACGGAGGAGGCUCCGGAAGCUCCUGGCCGCGCGCGGAGGUCCUUCCGCUGGCCGAGGCCGAGGACGAGAGGCCCAGGAGGAAGGCGGAGAGAGAGUUGGAUGUCGCGCCGGUGCUGGGCAGUGCCCUGGGCGCCUUGGCCAGUGCUGGCUACUGGGAGGGAGCCUUGGCACACCUUGGCUCAACUCCCAGCCCCGCUUGUCCAUCAGGCGCAGGCGACGAUGGUGCGUUGGCUUCCGCACUGGAAGCCUCGGCAGCAGCCAAG